CAAUAGGAAGAAGUGAGAAAAAGACCUUGAGAUGAAGAAUGAAGAGGGUUACACAGAACUUCAUUUCAAAGCAAGGAAGAAAAGCUCCAAUGCAGAGCUUCCCUCUAAUUCUUCAGGCUUGCGGUAUGUUGCUGCUCUAUCAGGAUUUCUGAAUGUAGUAUUUCUGGGAGCUGUGAUCACAUUACUUCAGCAAUGUAACUUGCUAUCAAGUGACAUGUGGAAGCCCAGAGAAAAUCUUUCUGAAAGUGACAGUAUCUUUGAGGAAGGUCUUCAUGAAAACAGCUUACUGACUACAUUAAAGGAAAGCUUAUGCAUGCAUACAAAUGACUCCAGAUGUGAACUCUGCCCCACUGGCUGGAAGCUGCAUUACGGGAGAUGUUAUUUCUACUCAGAAACUCGUGACACCUGGGAGAAUAGUAGAAAAUAUUGCUCAGGAGAAAAAUCUGAGCUCCUGAUUAUAGAGGAUGAGACUGAAAUGGAUUUCUUGAACAAACGGAAGGAUAAAGACAUUGGCUUUGUUUGGACUGGAUUAAGCUUUGAUGAGGAGGAAGGAAGAUGGGUAUGGCUCAAUGAUCCCAAACAUCCAGGGCAUAGUUUUACAAUAAAAGGAAGGAAGAAAGAAGAAAAAUGUGCUGCCUAUAAGCUGACAGAAAUGCAUGCUGAUAACUGCCACUCCCUAUACAAGUGGAUUUGCAAGAAGAGUGCAGUGCUUCUGGGUAUCUAAGACACUGUAAAGUAAAAGUGAAUAGGGUCUUUGAAGAUUUACACCACUUUACAGUGGUGGGAUAUCUGAUGUAAAAUUAAGGGGAAAUUGUUGACCGGAAUUGUGAUGAAUCAAUGCAUUGUGAUUCUAUUUGUGAUUAAAGUCCAGG